AUGAUGUCAGUGCUGCUCCUCUCGCUCCUCACACACUCCUCCUCCGAGCCGCCUCCCUUCACCGUCGCCGCCUACUUGCCCGAGUGGCGAUUCGACAGCGCCAACUAUGAGCGCAUCUGCAGGACCGUCAACAUGCUAAUCUUCUUCUCGAUAGAGGUGCAUGGAAAUGGGACGCUCGCCGCUCUGGACCGGCUGCCGCGCCUGUCGCUGGUGCGCGAGGCGCGGCCGCACUGCAAACGAAUGCUCCUCUGCGUCGGAGGAAAUGGCCGCUCCGGCGGCUUCUCGGCCGCCGUCUCGAGCCGCAAGUCGCGAAGGCGAUUCAUCUCUGCGCUGCUGCGGCUGUGCGAAAAGGCGGGCUUCGACGGCGUCGACUACAACUGGGAGUACCCUGGCUUCGCCUUUGGCUCCGGCUACAAGUCCGAGGACGAUGUCGCCCGCGACUACCACGGCCUCCAGUACCUGCUGAUUGAGACUCGGGAGGCACACCACUGCGCAGAGACAGACACGUGCACGUGGCCCCAGGAAGGGACGCCGCCGGGCCCGCACCGCACGCUCACGGGCAGUCGAGGACGGUCCACGCACGGGGCGUUUGCUGCCUCUGGCCGAGCGUACUACCCGGACAGGAAGCAGGAGACGAUGCUCGGCCUCAUGCCGGGCCACCCUGAUCCUUCUCGGAGCCUUCUCGGAACCUUCCUGCAGGAGAGGAUGCUCGGCGUCAUGUCGGAGCACGCGUACGACCAGUCCGGCAGGCACAGCACGUACGAAUUCGCGGAGAAGGUUGCGGCGCAGGCGGUCGAGCUGCUGCCUCCCUCCAAGGCGCGGCGUCCUUGGGGAGGCGACUCGGAAGCGUCUCGGAGGGUCAACCCCGCACCCUCCGCACCCGCAGCGGCGGCGGCGUCCGGCGAUAUUGCCGGAUUUGGGCCAAUGCACAAAACAACCCGCAGCACCGGCGCGCUUCGGCCCAUGGGGGAGUAG